GUACUGACUCUUCAUCAGUUUCAAGUGCAACUUGUUUAUUUACUCUUCAAAAGUGUUUUUGUGUGUCCUAAUGUGUUUUUGAAUAGGAAACAACUACUAUGAACAAAUAUGUCGUUGUAACACUGGUGAUGGUGGUGCUGUUGGUAGCCCUGGCUGAGAUAUAUUUUGCACUCUCUUUGGACCAACAUUUACAAAAUGGGAGAUGGAACAUCACACUAAACUGGACUCUCAAAUCUCUACCUGAUGAACAACCCAAUUCGUUGUCCCAGUUUAUCUACUCUAGUCAGACAUCAACUACGUCUUCAAACUUCUCAUCUUUCAACAUUAGCAAAACUGUGAAUCUGAGUGAGACGGCUGAGUUUAGAACAUUGACGCAUGUUGUUGACAAUGACGGACCAAUUAAAAUCAACAUACCAAGUGACACUCAAGAUUUUCAUCCAAUAUCGAUGGUUUUCCCAGCUAAACAGGAACGGAAGACAAUCGAUUACAACUACCCCGACUGCGGGUUUCAUCCUUUGGAUUAGUCAAAAGAAGAUACUGCCCAAUGUAGAAAAGAGAUUCCACUUCUUUACAUGGUCUGAAAGAGAGAAAUAUUUGUACAUUAAAAAAAACUGAAGAUAGCUGGUUUGAAAAUAUCGCAACAGGAAGCAGCUAGGGAAACUUAACUGAUUAAACACCAACUAAAUUGAUUAGUAAAUUGAUUGUCUUGUUUAGUUGAUAUAUUUUUCUAAAUUUUUUUUAACGGAGGUUACUUUUUGAACUUUUUUAUGAUUGUAUACCUGAUAUUAAUUUCAACAAAACUCUAUUAAGAGCACUGUGUUGUUUAAAAAUUUACUCCUAUCAGGAUUUAAUGUACAAUUGCAUUAAAUCUUUUCUUAUAUUUUUCACUCUAUUUAUUACAUUUGUUGAAUCUGAGUAGGCUACAUUUUUCUUGCAGCAAUCAUUAUUUUUAUGAACUACACAUUGAUCAAUUUAAAUUAAAUAAAUCUUCAUAAAAUCUUGAUAAAUUUGAAUGAAUCUUUGCAUUGGCAGCUUAAACUGAGGUUCAAAUUGAUAUCAGAACUCUUUAUUAAGCUGGGUUUUCCUAGGCACGGAAGCGGAGCGCGGAGAGAGGAACGCCGAGAGCGGACUCCUCUUGUCUUAGGUAAUUUAAUGUUACUGUUUUCCUAGAAGCGGAGCCGAAUGCCAUGUUAAUUGCUUUUCCGCUCUCCGCGUUCCUCUUCCGCAUCCAAGAAAACCCGGCUUUAGCCAGAAUAUUUUUCUCAAACUCAUUGUCAGCAAUUGGGUCACAGUUUCUUAAUUUAUGAUAUAUUUUGCUACAAAUUAAACUCUUUGGUAUAAAGGCUUACAAACUUAAUUUAACCUUUGACUAUUGAUACAACCAAUACCGGUAGUCAAUGAUUUAACAUUAGUUUUAAAAUUUCAGCCCAGUUGAUUUAGUAGUUUUAUUUUGGAACACAGGCACUCAUACAAAAACAUCUAUUAUUUUAUAACUAGUGUAGCUGUUGCUCGAAAUCAAGCCAUUAAUUGUCCCGUACCAGUAU